GACAUAUUUAUAGAUAUACGAGUUGGCUAAGCGAUAUGACGUUUUCAGCAACUUUCACAUGUUGCAUGAUAAUAUGCGUUCUGUGUUCGGAAGCAAAUGAACUAUGUGGAAAAACGUUUGUAGACUACUAUGGUUCCUUUAGUUUUACAAAGCCAGGUAAGAAUGAAUGUAACUGGAUCAUCAGUGUUGGGUCUCACGUGUCUGUGAACGUGGAUGCUGACAUGGGCAAUUUUCUCGAAAGCUGCUUGUUAAACAAACUGAGUAUCUUUACUCCAAACGCUUCGAUCGCUGAUUCAAGACAGACGUUAUGUAAGACUGGAAAUAUCCGAUUCUCCGGACUGGGUCCAGUCUUCAUCAACUUAACGACAGAUAGCAAACGGUCAACCACAGUGAACGUCCGAUGGGAGACAAAUACAACAAGCGACAAUGAAAACAAGAUUGCUUUGUAUGUCCCGGUCACUGUUACUGUGUGUGUUAUUGUUGCCGUCGCCAUCUUCGUAGCGAUAUGCAUAAGGCAAAAAAGUACACAGAAGAAAGACAAAGGAAAGGUUGACGAACAAAAUUAUUCAAACACAACAACCAAACUUCGAGCCAUUGACUCGGCACAUUCGUUACAAAGCCAUCCUGAAUGCGAACUGAGGGAAUAUACAGCGCUUUAUAAACCACAAAGAUCUGUGGCUAACGCGAACAACCAAGAUUACGCCGUCCUACACCAGCAACUAGGGCCAGCCUACUCACAAGACGACACAGAAUACUCGGAGGUGAAUAUUUAUGAAAUGGUGUAGAAAGGCACUGAAUCCGGUGUGGGCAAAAGACAAACCAAUUCAUGUUUUUGUUUUGGUGAUAAAACAGUCAUCUUUGUCUGUAUAGAAACAGUAUAUGCAAAACUUGAUCAAACAUUGAAUACUUCGCCUGUCGGUAUAAUUAAACUAGAGAUUAUAUACAAACUUUAAUGUAAAAGAGGAUAUGAGUAGAAUUUUUUUGAGGACUUUGAGAACACGUUUUAUUUGGAAACGCAAAGUUUCAAGACGAUGACAAGGACAUCGUCGGAAAAAGCGAUCCCUGUGUGUGUGUGUGUAUUUAAGACGACAGAAACAAUUUAUAUGCUAAUGUACAUAAACCUCCUUAAAGAAAUGCAUUGGUGCAUUUAUUUCCAACUUGACGAGUACCUUUUUAUAUUGGACUAAUUUGAUAUCAUGCACUUUGAGUUUCAUUGUGAGCACAUUCGGGGUUUCUCGUUUUCACAUACAUGUAUAUCGAAUAAAAAACAAUAUUC